UUUCCAAGGUUGAUAGAUACCAAGUUAAUGUCAAAUACUCAACCAUUCAAGGAUCGCAUAGAUAACUCUGGUUUAAGUUUUCUUCAUCACCUUACACAGUUACCUCCCUUUGUUAAACCUGAAGUUGAGAUAUCUGAAGACUGUGAUAACAAAUAUAAAGAUUCGCAGAGUUUACAUGAAGCAGGAUAUGAUGCCUACAUUACUGGACAGUGUUUUAUAGCACUAUCAAACUUUCUAGGCCAGUUCCAGCAGCCACCAUCAGACCGUGUCCCUCCAUCUUCUCCACUUUUAGAACCUUUUCUCAACAAAAUAUUCAUGAUGAGGUCAGCGGAUAUACCAUAUAUGGAUCUUGUGGCUGCUGAUUUGGCGCCUUCAAGAGAUCAUGUAUUUCAUGUAACAUUUCCUAAAGACUGGAAACACUCUGACAUCAGUCUACUGUUUGCUCAAUUUGGUAGUGUACAUAUUGGUUGGAUAGAUGAAGUGUCAGCUUAUGUGGCCCUCAACAGUAAAUCUGUUGCUAACUCAGUGUUAAAGACAUUAUGUAAGAAAGGAUCUGUGUACAGAAUAAUGUCCUACAACGAUCACAAAACUUACACUCGGCAUGAACAUUCAAGCCAGUACAAAUGGACCAAUCAGAAACCAGAACAACAGUCACAUGGUCAUAGCCAAUUCCAUACACCUACACAGACCACAGCUCCCCCUAGUGGGCAUAAUUUGCAUGAUGGGCAUUCAGCUGAAGUAAAGAAAGGCACGAAAAGAUCUCAUUCCCCAGAGAACAAUGGGACUCUUUCAGAUAGUGGGAGAAAGAAGGCAAAGUCAUUGAACGUAGAUGCCCCAGAGUUUCAGUCAAGAAUUACCCCCACAUCUACCCCAGAGAAAGACGAGAGCAUAAAAUGGCCCGAGGAUAUAAACAGUUCAGGGAAAAAGAUUGUGAUAUUAAAGCGACCUGAAGAAAUCAACCAAGGACCAAAGGAAAGUAAAGGAAAAUACAAUGGAAAGAAAACCUUCCAUGGAAGAAGAAACUUAGAAGGAAUGAAAAAUUUCAAUAAAAAUAACAAGAAUAAGACACAUGAUGGGAAGAAAAAAUCAUGGCAUAAGGGCAAGAAAAAUGGGGAAGAGAAAAAAGAUGAAAAGAUUGAAAAACCAGAGUUUACAAUUAAAGAGGAAGAUUUUCCUCCCUUAGCAUAGUUGGUUCAUGUUUGAAG